UUUUCGUCAACGCUUCCAAUAGUAGCUGAUGCUGGCAGAGAAGAGAGUAUUGAUUCAUCUCUGACCUGUUCCUUUUUGUGGCAACAUUGCACUGUGUUGCACUUAACUGAAAAUAUGCGCGUGGUUGCUUCCCGGGAGAGUCAAAGGUCAACUUUUGGUGGCAUGCCCUUUACCGAAUGGACUCUUGCUGUGGGAAAUGGGAAUGUGCCAGGAAAAUCAUUUCCUUCUAACCAAUCUACUGAUUGGAUAGAGAUUCCGGAAUCAUUACUGCUUCCUUCUUCAGGAAAUCCCAUCCAUACGAUUACGUCUACAGUCUAUCCUGACUUUGCUCAACGGUUCCAUAAUGUAUCGUACCUCACUGAAAGAUCCAUUAUCACACCGACCAAUGCAAAUGUCACAGAGAUCAAUUCUCAUAUGUUAGCUCUGAUUCCGGGAAUGCCACGCACAUAUUUUAGUGGUGACAGUCUUCAUACAGAUGCAAGCGAUCCAGACCGACUCGAAGCUGAAUAUCCCACUGAAUUCCUUAAUUCCUUGUCCUUCAAUGGCUGCCCUGAACAUCAGAUUGAUCUCAAGGUAUUUGCUCCAAUUAUGCUGUUGAGGAAUCUAAACCCAUCCAUUGGUCUUUGUAAUGGUACACGCUUAAUGGUGCUCUAUUUGGGCCAUUAUGUGAUAAAAGGAAUGAUAAUGGGGGGUACAUUCAAUGGUAAGACUGUGGCAAUUCCAAGAAUUGUCCUUAGUGUCAAUGAUUAUCGUUGGCCAUUUGUUCUUAAGCGCCGGCAGUUUCCAGUACGAUUGUGCUACGCCAUGACAAUCAACAAAAGCCAGGGCCAGACAUUGCAAAAUGUUGGUGUGUAUCUGCCGAAGCCAGUGUUCAGCCAUGGCCAACUUUAUGUCGCUGUUUCUAGAGUUAGAACACCAGAUGGACUUAGGUUCCUUAUUAUGAAUGAAGAUGGCGUGCCUUCCAACUGUACCCGAAAUAUUGUUUACCAGGAAGCAUUCGUUGACCUUCAGACCCCAUCUUCCUAA